AUGUCAGUUACAGGCCAAGAAUAUUAUUCGCACCUAACUACAAAACCAGAAUGUAUACCAAAAUAUGAGACAAUAUCAGGUACCACUGAAAUUUAUCUUCCCAAUCGUCCAGAAGACAAGACUUUGAUUAUAUAUGACGAUGCCGAAACUUCGCAAAUUACGGAAGAAAUAAUUGAAAUUGGAAAUAAGUAUGACAAAACUUUGGACAUCCAGGAUGAAAUGAUCCAAGAUCGAGAGACGAAAGAAGUUACGCGCCGAAGAUUUAAUAAAAAAUAUGAUGCCAAAGUAUGCAGCGUAGAUUUAGGAGAAUAUAUUUUAGCUAGUAACAUAAAGCAUCAGAGUCAAAAGCAGCAGAAAAUUAAAAAUUUAGAACCGGAAAAUAAAUACAAAUGCAAAAAAUGUGCCCGAAGCUAUAAAGAGAAAAAGAAUUUGACAAAUCAUACUAAAUACGAAUGCGAUGUCACGCCACAGUUUGCAUGUAAUUUCUGCGGAAAACGAUUCAAACAAAAAAGUAACAUGAAUCGCCACGUAGGCCUUGUACAUCUUAAGUCAAACGCACAGAUAUCUAAAAUGAAGUAUAAUUGUAAUAAUUGUAAACGGAGUUACAGUUCCUUAGGUACUUUAAAUCGACAUAAACGUGAAAUACAUGUAGGUGUCAAACGACAAUUUAUUUGCGAUUAUUGUGGACACAAAGCAAGUCAGAAAUGUUACUUGGCAGUACACAUUUAUUCUCGCCAUCACAAAUAAUUUAGUAGCCGAAACUUUAAUGAUUAUAAUAUGUAUCAUGCUAGUUGAUAUCUCAAGGCAACAUAAAAAAAUUACAAUACAUAUCCAACCAAGUUAAUUUUUUGCAAACAUUUAGAACAUACAGCUGACAAGCCACAAUCUCUUUAAGAUAUUUUAUGUCCAGAUAAUGCCAACCCACAGCAAUUCACGUUUGCCAAAACUUUUGAGUUCACAAAAAAUUGUGAAAAAUGAUUAGGGUGACUUAAAUUAUUUCUGUGGAGAGUCAAACCAUUAUUUUCUCCGCCCCCACGAUACAGGGUUGUGUUCACGCACUUUUGCAAGUUUUAUGUAAAAUUCAAUAUUUUCGAACUGUGACUUGCCGUAGUGUAACUUGCUGGGAGUUUGCAUGACUCAAACCCGAUAUUUGUGGUAACCCGCGUGAUAAAAUUUUGCAUGGCUCAAGCAUGGCA